CGAGGACCCCUCCAGCCCAGGCAAAGUGAACCAAGUAUCUGUGACCUUCCCUCAGGCUCCUGAGGCAUUUGGGUAGUAGUCCACCAUGGCUUAUGGCUUGCCAAGGAAGAACACAGUGAAAACCAUUUUGAGGGGCAGUUGUUACAAUGUACAGGAACCUUGGGAUCUCGCAUUACUUACCAAGACCUGGUACACCAAUCUAGCCAACUUCAAGUUGCCUUUUUUGGAAGAAAUUAAAUAUGGCGGUCCUAUCAAGCUCAUGAAGUGUAAAAUUGCCAAGGAUGAUCUACUCCCUUCAGCGAAUUCCAUCAAAACUGAAAGGGAGUAUGAAAUGAAGCGCCUGGCUAAUCUUCAACGUCAAGAAAACACAUCCGAGGAGGUCCAGGGGUCCCUGAGAGGAAGGAAAGCUGGCUUGAGAAGACCUGUUCCGCCGAAGUCUCAAGCCCCUGCCAGUGGAGUCCGUCCUGUCCCCUGCGUCAGAGCAGAUGGAGGGCCUGAGACUCUGGCUGUGACCAACUCAGUGCAGAGCUAUGAUUACGUCCUGAUCUGAUGGGUGAGCAGGUGCCACACACGGGCAGGCGGAGGUUCCGACGGGGCUCCCCCCCGCUGACGGCACUGUAAGUUGAUGAACAUGCCUCCGAGGCAACUCACUUAAGCCGUGCAGUUUUAAUUUUCAUAGACCUGCACUAAGUGAAAAGAAAAACUGCUUGUGAGAGGCAUUAUUUUGAAGCAACAUUUUGAAACUGUAUCUUGGAGAAUCCCAAGAAGGGACUGAAGGAAAGCAAGGGAGAAAUCCCCUUGAAAAUGCUAAGUGCUGGACAUUUUCAUUUGGCUGCAGAAAAAUAGCAGAUUCCAUUUUUAACAGUU